AUGACCGAAAUUUCUCAAAAUGAUGUCAAUCAAAUCAAACAACUUGAAGAUCUCGUGAAACAACUCGCUUCAAACGUGUCGAAUUUAUUGUUAUAUCUUCCAAAUUUAAUAUCUGGUCUUGAAUCAUGUAAACAUAUUUUAAUUGAUGAUGAUUCAACGUUUGAUGAACAAACUAAAGCUUAUGCCUGGGCACAGGUUGUAAAAAUCGUUGAAUUAUUGGCAAAUGCUGCAAAAAUUGCUUUCGAGUUAAUUGUUACAUUUAUGAACGUCAACGCCAAUGUAAAUUAUCCUAAUGUUGAUUAUCAAUGUCUUCGCGCACUUGCAAAUUUCUGUAUAACUCAUGAUAGAAAUCGGCAACAAUUUAUAGAUACCGGUGGUAUUGAUGUAGCGCUUAACUGUUUAAAACAACAAAAAGAUUUAGAAACGAUUCGCGCUUCUAGUGCGACUCUAUUAAACGCUGGACUCAAUUAUGAUAAUGUCAAUGUUGGAAUAGUAGAUAAGGAUGGUUUAAAUACUUUGGCCGAAAUCCUUGAUCCUGAGGGUGUAUUAAAAAAAUACGAGAAUGAUAUUGAAGUCGCAAGAACGUGUGUAUAUUUUGCCACUAGAGUUAUCAUAAACCUCAUCGGCACAGCUGAAGGAAAGAAGGAUAUUGGAAAUACAAAG